UGUAGUCUGAACCCAGGAAAAGGAAGAAAAUCAAAACAUGGUGGCCGCAGGAUCUUUGCAGAAUCUCCUGAAACUCGGGACUAAAAUCGUCGGCGUUGGCCGCAACUACGCUGCGCACGCCAAAGAACUAGGCAACGCCGUCCCCAAGGAGCCAGUAUUGUUUUUGAAGCCCACAUCAUCGUAUUUAGAAAAUGGAGGGACAAUUGCGGUUCCACAUCCAUUGAAUUCGUUGGAUUAUGAAGUUGAGCUUGCUGUUGUGAUGGGGAAAACGGCUCGGGAUGUGCCUGAAAAAACCGCUAUGAAUUAUGUUGGAGGCUAUGCUUUAGCAUUGGAUAUGACUGCAAGAGAAAUCCAAUCUGUUGCAAAGUCUGCAGGUCUUCCAUGGACAGUUGCUAAAGGGCAAGACACCUUCACUCCAAUCAGUUCUGUCCUUUCAUUGUCCAUGGUGCCUGAUCCAGACAACCUGGAACUGUGGUUGAAGGUAGAUGAAGAAAUACGACAAAAGGGUUCCACCAAGGAUAUGAUAUUUAAGAUUCCUUAUCUCAUUAGCCACAUAAGUUCCAUAAUGACCCUUUUUGAAGGAGAUACCAUAUUAACAGGCACUCCACAAGGUGUUGGCCCUGCAAAGGUAGGCCAAAAGAUUACUGCCGGAAUAACAGGUCUCGUGGACGUUCAUUUCGAUGUCGGAAAACGCCAGAAGCCAGUAAGUACCUGAGCUUAGCACUUUUAUACAAAGGCUGCCGGAUUAUGAUGAUUAUGCGGUUCCGUUUUAGAUGCCUAAAGACUGUGGUCAUGUUGUUUUAUAAAAGAUGGUUCCUUGAUAAGAAAAGGGUAGACUUUGCUUCAUAAAUAGAGUCCAAUCCUCGGCCGGAGGUCGACGUGGAUUGUUUUCUCCCUCAA